AUGUCGCGUCGAGUUGUGUCUUCUACUCGGGAGAAUAAACGGAUAAGGAUAGAUGGAAAUCCGAAAAUGGAGGAGAACGCCCUUAAGGUCUUCCGCAUCACAUUCGAGUCGGGCAGCCUUUUUAGUGUCCGGUGUGAAAAAACUCAUCAGUUGUUAACGCGGAUCCAAACAAUCCAGACAAAAACGGACGGACGCCUUUGCAUUAUUCCGUCUUCAAUAACCUACCUACCCGCCUAUGUGAAACUUCUGGUUAAGAACGGUGCCGACCCGAACCGCGAGUGCAACGAACAUCUUACACCAACAGCACUCGCCAUCAUCGAAGACAAUUCAGAGAUGCUGACACUCCUAAUAUCUCUCGGAGCCGACCCUGACCGUAUCGUAGAGUUGGAUGGCGAGCAGGUGACGCUUCUGCAGCUCGCAGUGAGUUUGUACAAUUUUAAAAUCGUACGGCUGUUGUUGGAGAAUGGUGCGGAUCCAGACAAAAGUGCCCCCGCGACGGGAGAAACAGCGUUACACGUCGCCGCACGCGCCCGUCCACUCGAGAGAAGAAAGCUGAUAGCUCUGCAAUCCACGUUGUACACAUUGAUUGCGCGCGGCGCCUCACUCGAGACGACACGAAACGAUGGUUUUACCCCAUUACAGGUGGCCAUAUUGUAUAGGAGAUAUGAUGAGGCAAGGAUUUUAAUCAUCGGCGGAUCAAGACUGAACAGUACAAUCGAACGAGGUGAAUUUCGGGGGCGUACGUCAUUUCAUUUAGCUGCAAGUUCGCUGGACGUCGAUUUGAUCGAUCUCUGUUUGAAGUAUGGAGCCGACGUGAACGUGUGUGACAGGCACGACGGGAUAGACCUUCCGGCCAGUACUUUGAUGGCCGCGAUAUACGAUUUUAAAGAUAAAGGAGUGGACAAUUCCGAAGUCGUGGUGGAAAUUUUAAAAAUGUUCACGAGGUGUAUUGAGAAGAUCGUCGCAGCGGGUGCCGAACUAAGGUGUUGCAGCCUAGGAACCCCGUUUCCUCUCAAUUAUAUCGCCUCGAAAGGGGACGCGAGGAUAAUGAUAAUACUUCUGAGCGGAGGCGUACAGACAAACCGCUUGGAUGAAAGCGGAGAGACCGCCCUGCACAAAGCGGCGAGUGUUGCUGGAUGGCAGGUGUGCGACGGCUUCCAGAACAAAUACGCUCUCAUCGGCUUCCAGAGGUUAUGGAAAAAGAACCUUUACGCACCCGAUAGAUUUUUCAAAACGAAGAUGUACGAAAGUAUCAAGGAACUACGUUGGGACACAAAGAUGUUAACAGUAAAGGGAAACGACGGUCACGAACAGUCUAACCAUCGUCUGGGCUCGGACGUGAGACGAGGAGAUGUGACAAAAACGGACGGACGCCUUUGCAUUAUUCCGUCUUCAAUAACCUACCUACCCGCCUAUGUGAAACUUCUGGUUAAGAACGGUGCCGACCCGAACCGCGAGUGCAACGAACAUCUUACACCAACAGCACUCGCCAUCAUCGAAGACAAUUCAGAGAUGCUGACACUCCUAAUAUCUCUCGGAGCCGACCCUGACCGUAUCGUAGAGUUGGAUGGCGAGCAGGUGACGCUUCUGCAGCUCGCAGUGAGUUUGUACAAUUUUAAAAUCGUACGGCUGUUGUUGGAGAAUGGUGCGGAUCCAGACAAAAGUGCCCCCGCGACGGGAGAAACAGCGUUACACGUCGCCGCACGCGCCCGUCCACUCGAGAGAAGAAAGCUGAUAGCUCUGCAAUCCACGUUGUACACAUUGAUUGCGCGCGGCGCCUCACUCGAGACGACACGAAACGAUGGUUUUACCCCAUUACAGGUGGCCAUAUUGUAUAGGAGAUAUGAUGAGGCAAGGAUUUUAAUCAUCGGCGGAUCAAGACUGAACAGUACAAUCGAACGAGGUGAAUUUCGGGGGCGUACGUCAUUUCAUUUAGCUGCAAGUUCGCUGGACGUCGAUUUGAUCGAUCUCUGUUUGAAGUAUGGAGCCGACGUGAACGUGUGUGACAGGCACGACGGGAUAGACCUUCCGGCCAGUACUUUGAUGGCCGCGAUAUACGAUUUUAAAGAUAAAGGAGUGGACAAUUCCGAAGUCGUGGUGGAAAUUUUAAAAAUGUUCACGAGGUGCAACUUUCCAGUCAAUGUUAUACAGGAUUUUUGGGAGUGUGUUAAAAUAUUUACAUUAAAAAUAAAAUCUAGAAUUGUCUUUAAAAUGUUGGAUUCUGCACUAAACACGCAAAAUGACUUUUUAAUCAAAUUGAUGCACCGGGAUGUAAGGUGUAUUGAGAAGAUCGUCGCAGCGGGUGCCGAACUAAGGUGUUGCAGCCUAGGAACCCCGUUUCCUCUCAAUUAUAUCGCCUCGAAAGGGGACGCGAGGAUAAUGAUAAUACUUCUGAGCGGAGGCGUACAGACAAACCGCUUGGAUGAAAGCGGAGAGACCGCCCUGCACAAAGCGGCGAGUAUGGGUUACGUCGACUGCUGUCGUCUGUUGCUGGAGUAUGGGGCGAUAUACAACUACAAAAGUCGUCACAAGUGUCAUAGGACGCCCGCACAGUUGGCGAAGUUCGUUGGGCACACGGGGGUGACAUCGUUGUUGUCCACCAUUGACAGAUAUUCCAAGCGACUGCAGAUUGGUAAAUUUAAACAGCCCAACCCCGACGACGAACUGUUUACUGCCGUUAUGAACUGUCGUUCCAGUGGAGGAACCACCCUGCUAGGAAGCGCCGUCCACCUCGCAUUGAAAAGAGAAGCCGAAAUUUUGAUGGGUCUAAGGUUAGGAAUGAGUGAUGGUGAUUCAUAAUCUUUUGUGAAAUAAAGCUAAUAUUUCAACAUUGUUGUACAUAUUUUCAGACAUCCUCCUAUCCCUGUCCUUUCACGAGGGCACGUGUUGAAAAACCUCCCUCGUAUUGUUCCUAAUGGUAGGUUCAUUGGUCAUGUUUGAUGUAUAGAGGAGAAAACGUGAUACCCGAGAAGUUAUUAUCCAUUCGCUUUUGCCCGAAAAAUGAACGGUCGUAUCUACAGCCUUGAUGUUUAUAUCUAAUAGCGACAGAUAACUCGUGAACUUGUUAUAAAUAGACAGUAGGGAAAAGAAAUUGUUGAUAUUGACUCUAUCAUGACAUUGUAACCCUAGACAUGAUCUAAACACCGACAGUCUUCUGGUGAAAUAAAUUACAAAUCAAUACAAUGUAAAUCGUUUAUUAUUCAUAUAUAUAUAUUUAUGAAAACAGGUACUGGUUUUGUGAACAGCCGCUGCAGAUACGAUACACGUGGUUCCAUUUCUCACAGUACAGUCGCCAGAAAUAUGCACAGAAAUUUUCGUCUCCUCUGACAACGCGACGAACGGUGUUGUAAGGUAGCCAAGCUAAGAUCUCGUACUGAACUUCCAGUGGCAGGUGUGCGACGGCUUCCAGAACAAAUACGCUCUCAUCGGCUUCCAGAGGUUAUGGAAAAAGAACCUUUACGCACCCGAUAGAUUUUUCAAAACGAAGAUGUACGAAAGUAUCAAGGAACUACGUUGGGACACAAAGAUGUUAACAGUAAAGGGAAACGACGGUCACGAACAGUCUAACCAUCGUCUGGGCUCGGACGUGAGACGAGGAGAUGUGGUCUCUAUUUACUAUUAGUUUUAUUUUGUACGACAUAGGAUUUUGUACGAUUUCAUGUGGGUGACAAUAAAACAUUUUAUACGUUUUGUACACAUUCUGUUCUUUGAUUGACCCUUGAAUAACGU